UCCUUCCUUUCAAAAACAAAACGGGUCCGAUUCCUUUAAAAAAGCGGGGUCCGAUUUUGUGAUGACCGACCUGGAAGCGUAUAUGUGAUCCCCAAAAUUGUUAUCAUCAAACCCUAAAAUAGACGUGAGUUUUGGCUGCGGGUAUCACAGAGGAGCAGAGCAGAGAGCGGGCGGGAAUCAUGACAGGAAAGGCGAAGCCGAAGAAGCACACGGCGAAGGAGAUAGCGGCGAAGGCGGACGCGGCUCUGACCAAUCGCGGCGGUGGAUUGGCUGGGCUGGCAGACCGGACGGGUAAGACCAAGGGUGGGCACGCGAAGUUUGAGUGCCCGCUCUGCCGGAUCACCGCCCCGAGCCUCGCAAACAUGAAGACCCACCACGAAUCCAGGCACCCUAAGAUUGAGUACGAUGAAUCAAAGAUCGUUGACCUCCAUGCCGUUUUAGCCGCCGAAGCAUCCAGCAAGCCUAAACCCGGCGUCCGCGGCAGUCUUAAGAAGUGAUCUGGUUCGAUUAUUGAUAUUAAAAGCUUCAAUCUGUGUGAUUUACUCUUUUUGGUACUCCGUAUAUAUUAUUGCUGCUAGAAUUUCGCUAAUCAAGUCUUGUGUUAGUGUCUGUUGUCCGGAAGCUCUUGUUUUUGAAUAAUAGUCAUCGUGAUUCAUGAACUUGAGACAUACUGCUUACUACUGAUUCUCUGCGUUAGUCUUUGUUGUGAUGAUCUAGUUUCUUAGUCCCUAGAUUAAGAAAUAACCAUUUAUAUUGCGAUUUUUAAGAUAAGGGUUUUAGCAUACUCGGGUCCAGAUUGGGAACUCGAACUGAAUCAGAUCGAUAGGUGUAGAUCAGUCUAGGCUAGGCCGGUGCUGUGCUGGUUACAUACCAGAUCAGUUUUCUGUUCAAAUUUUUUAUGGAUUUUGAUUACAGUCUGGUCUGGUCUGUCCAGCCUAUGUUCCUGAUCAAUAUAGGAUUCUAAUUCAUGGUAGUUCAUAAGAUCCAUCCAUUUAGCAGCAUUGAUUCUGAUCAUAGUCUUUGAUUCUAUUAAUUUGGUGAUUUAGGUGAUUUUGAUUGUAGUCCAACUGAUUCGGUCCAGUCUGGGACCAGGGCUAUAAUAAAUAUGAUGUAAGAGUGUAAGACCCUAGUACUCUUACAUGUUAAAUUUCUUGACUUCAUACUUUAAUCCUUCAAAACAGUUAGCCCUUCAAUUAUCACACUUGAACACUUGACUGGGACUACAAAAGCAACUUUAUCAAAGACAUGGAAUAUAGUAUAGGUAUGAAUUUACUGUCAACGACAAACCUUCUAUUAAUUUUACAAAUUAAUACACUAGGACUAAUACAACACACUCUUCCACACACUCUUUCACAUAGGACUAAUACACUAUGUGAGUAUGACUAAUACAAUACACUAGGAUUAAUACAACACCUACAAAUACUUGUCCCUCUUUUCAUUUUGGGAUGUUUUCUACAAAUAGCUGUUUCCCUUACCAUUUUUAGAAAGUUUUAUCAAUAAAGAUACCUAUAUACCCUCAUUAUCUUUC